AUGUUCACCAUCAGUGAUGUGAGCAAGAAGGAUGCAGGAAGAUACAGCUGCAGUUACACCUCAGUGAGGCAACCAUAUCUCCUGUCUGAGCCAAGUAACCCUGUGGAGUUGUUGUUAACAGGUAAAGGGGCUGACUCCACAUGGACUCAUGUCGACCACAAGCCUUAAGGUUUGGAGUUUAGCUGGAGAGUCUGCUUGAUUUUUAGAAUAUAACUGGGGAGCUCUUUGGAGAGGAGAACUGUAGGGAGCGAUCAGUGGGUGGUGUCUCUCUGAGGAACCAGUUCCUACAUUGGAGGAAAUGGGGAAUAAUUAAACAUUUCCCGGCUUGUUAUUUGUGAAAGAGGGGUAGGGGUGGAGAGGAAAAGAGAGAGCCUAAUUUGAUGAGCUUCAACAGGGUCAGGCUGCAUAACCUGAGCGUUUUGGGGUUGAAGUACAGUAGCAAAAGGGAAAAAAUUGAAAAGCUUGCCCCAAAAGAUGGUCAGUUGGAGACUAUGUAUCUGGAGGGCCUCAGGUUCCUAAUCUCUGCCUCACGGUAAAGAAGGAAACACCUGAUGCAGGUCCCUGCUAUGCAGAAGAGGACAAGACCUAGUCCUGCAAUGGUUAUCAUCUCACCUUUUGUUCCUUCUCUGCCCAGAUCCCCAGUUACCCAGACCUAUCAUCUCCAUCUCAUCAAGGAAGCCCUUUAGUGUUGGGAAAGAUGUCACGAUCGUGUGUGAAAUUGCAGAGGGACCUGCCACUGUCUAUCUCCAUAAGGCUGGAGAAUUAAGAAAAUGGGCCCGGGAUUCUUAUGCAAAUGUGACUGAAUUUUACUUUAGGAAAAUUACCAUGAAGGAUAAAGGGAACUAUAGCUGCUGCUGGGCAAAAUUAAGAAGUCCAUUUCUGGUGUCAAAUCGCAGCCAUCUCUUGGAGCUUUCAGUAUUAGGUGCAGUAUCUGUUUUACUUUACUCCCCCCCCCCCAUCCCACUGCUUUGUUUACUUUUUUGUUUGUUUGUUUUAAACAAAUAGAGGUCAUGGUCUGCACUAUGUCUUGGCCCAGUUAUGAACUGAGGCAGUCCCAUGCUGCCAGAGGCCUUCCAGUCAACCUUCCCCAACUAAAAUUCUUAUCACCCCUGACAGUUGGUUAUGGCAAUGCAGUCAACAAACGUUCCUCUCUGGACUUUCUGUUCUGCAGUGAACCUGGCAAGUCACCCUCUUGGUUGCUCCCGUGUCUAGGAGGGGUUCCAGAUUAAUGGGGGGGUAAGGGGCAUGCCUCCCCAUAUCUUUCAAGGGUGUCAAAAAGGCACAACCUGUGGUUGUCCGUUGAUGCCUUUUUUGUUUGUUUGUUUAUGGGAGGGGUUGGAAAUCCCCUUGGCACCUGCUGAAGCCCACAACCCCUGCAGAGGAUCCAUUGACAACCCCUGAAGUCUCUUGUCCUGGCCAGAGGCGAAGCUAGCUGGUCCGGCACCCGGAGGCUGUGCUUCCGGGGACAGGGCUAGCCACCCAUGGGGAUGGGGCUAGCCACCCGUGAUGUGCGGCGAGCGUUGCAGGGGGGCGCUGCCUGUAGUGAGCAUCCCAGGGGGGUGGCGCAGCAAUCUCAACCCCCUCAGGGAUGACACCCGGGGUGGGCCGCACCUACCGUACCCUCCUUCCUCCACUGCUGUUCCUGGCUGCUCUUUCUUGUCACUGUAUGGUUCACCCUCCUUCUCUGAGCAUGCAAGCAGUGGCGAGAGUGAUUAGAGGGAGCAGCAGCCUUAACCUGCCUCUGGGUGUCUGUGUUGACUGGGUCAAGAGUGUAAGGGCAUGUGAAUGGGCAGAGGGGCUGCAAGCAAGGAGAAGGUCAAUCCCUUCUGCAAGUGAUCUCAUUGACAGAAUCUUGUUCAAGGGUUCUCCAAAAGCCCAGAACAAUCAAUGAAUUUGGUGGUGGUGACAGCUUGAGUGGGAGGUUCUCAAGGAAGCAGACUCUUCCCUCUCUUCUAACUGCUCCCCCCCUUUUCUUCAGAUGACGCUUCACUGAAUCAAAUAAGCAAUUAUGCUCAAAUCAAUCAAAGUCUUGUUGUAGUCUCAGGAAUACUUGUGUUUCUGGUCUUCCUUCUUCUGUCAGCUGCCUUUUUUUGGUUCAAGGGAAAAAGCAACUGUACGUAUGUCCUCCUGGUGAGAAGGUUCAUAAGGCUCAUGUGGGAGGCCAAGGGGUCUUAGUAAAAUCUCUCAUGGAUUUGUUUCCCUUACCGCAGGUGUACUGAAGCCCACAGUCCAAGAUUCUAGCACACUGUGUGCUAAUUCCCUGCAGGUGGCCAAGAGGGAGGAAAAUGGGGGGGGGGUGGAAGAAAGAGAAGGGAAAGGGAGUGACUUCACAAAAAAAUCUGGCUUUGGUCCUACUCACUGAUGGUAUGUGGUUCUCAUAGAUUAUUCCUGAGGCAAUGUGGCCCUUAAGUAGGAAAUUGUGGGGGAAUGGAGGGGAAGCUAAUAGAUGAGAAGUUUUGUAAAGGGAGGAGAGGUCCUUAGAAUGGGAUCUUUCCAAGUCAAAUCUGUACCCCGUGAAUUUUGCAAAAGCAAAACACCCCUAUAUUCUGAAUUGAGAGGAGUUGGUUUUGCUCAUCACUUGUAUGUUUAUGGGCUUGGGAAAGGGCUUUCUUCCCGUUGUUUCUCAUUUUGGUUUGUUUAUUUUUUAAAGCAAUACAACAAGCAACACAAAGCAGGUAAGAGAUCCCAGCUCUUUACUUCACACUGCACUUGAUGCUGAAAAAAUGAUACUGAUCUUGAAGUGAAGAAGGUUUUUCUUUGGAUUAGGCCAGGUUGAAGAGCAACCAAGGAUCAGUGAAUCUGUCCUUUUUGCUUUCUCUCCAUUUCUCCUUUUUCCAAUUCAGUUCUUCACAUUUCCACAUUGGCUUGUGAUUGUCCUCACGAAAAUUCACUAGCAUUUAGGCUGCCUGUGUUUGUCUGCAAUUUUGCCUAAUAACAACGUUUAUGCAACUCCCCCCCCCACACAAUUCAUUACAGUGGUACCUCUGGAUACCACCCUAAGGUCUAGGUCAGGGGUUGUCAACCUGGUUCCUACCGCCCACUAGUGGGCGUUUCAGGAUUCUAGGUGGGCGGUGGGGGUUCUACGGCACAAGCUGAAUCCUCCUUCCAUCAAGAACAGGUGGGCGGUAAGGAAAUUUUACCAUCAAAAAAGAUGCAUUAUGGGCAGUAGGUAUAAAAAGGUUGACUAUCUCUGGUCUAGGUAGAGACUGGCUGGGGAGCUAUGACCCUUAAGUUCCUUUACAAGUGCAUCUCAUUCUAAGUAUGGUUUGUGACAUCUGAGCAAAGGACUGCUAGAUUCUCCAGGAAUGAGGUUGGUUGGUUAGACUUUGGAAGAUGGGACUCUUGUACAGUGAUACCUCGGGUUAAGUACUUAAUUCGUUCUUGAGGUCCGUACUUAUUUCCCCCCCCCCCAAAUAAUUUUUAUUAACAGGCCAAUCAAAUCACAUUAAUUCCAAAUCACAUUAAUUCCAAAUUACACAGCCAAAUUUUAAAAGGGACACGACAAGGUUGCCCAAUCUCCCCAUUGCUUUUUAUAUCGGUCCUGGAGGUUUUGCUGAAUAUGAUAAGAAGGGACCAGUUGGUUAAAGGUAUACAGGUCGGAGCUAAACAGUACAAACUGAGAGCAUUUGCAGAUGACUUAGUACUGACAUUACAGGAGCCAGAAUCUAGUACCAAAAGGGUUUUAGAACUGAUUCAAGAAUUUGGUCAAGUUGCAGGGUUUAAAUUGAAUAAGUUAAAAACUAAGGUUUUAGAGAAAAAUUUAACACCAAUGGAGAGAGAGAGGUUUCAGAAUGAGACAGGUUUAACAGUGGUUAAGAAAGUUAAAUACCUGGGGAUUAACAUGACAGCAAAAAAUGGGAACUUAUUUAAAGAUAAUUAUGAAAAAUGCUGGGCUGAAGUGAAAAAAGAUCUAGAAAUUUGGUCAAAUUUGAAGCUUUCACUGCUGGGUCGUAUUGCUGCGGUAAAAAUGAAUGUAUUGCCUAGAAUGUUGUUUUUGUUUCAAACAUUGCAAAUUGUGGACAAAAUGGACUGUUUCAAGAGGUGGCAGAGAGAUAUUUCUAGAUUUGUCUGGCAGGGCAAGAAGCCCAGAAUAAAAUUUAAAAUAUUAACAGAUGCAAAGGAAAGAGGUGGAUUUGCCCUGCCAGACCUCAAACUUUAUUAUGAAUCAGCAGCUUUUUGCUGGUUGAAAGAAUGGCUGCUUCUUGAAAACACUGACAUUUUGGAUCUAGAAGGUUUUAACAAUGUAUUUGGUUGGCAUGCAUAUCUGUGGUAUGAUAAGGUCAAAGCACAUAAAGCAUUUAAAAACCAUAUUGUCAGGAAAGCAUUGUUUAAUGUUUGGAUAAGAUAUAAGGAUUUAUUGGAAAAUAAAACCCCAAGGUGGCUGUCACCGAUGGAAGCGAAAGCUCUGAAAAGCUCAAUAUGGAGGUCAAAUGGCCGAAAUAUUGGGAAAUUUUGGAACAAGAUGGAGAUAGAUUGAAACUGCAGAGCUUUGAAAAAUUAAAAACAAAGUGCGAGACUGGCUUCAUUAUUAUCAGAUAAUGGAGGCAUACAAUUUGGACAAGAAAAUCGGCUUCCAGGUGGAAAAAUCAAAAUUAGAAACAGAAUUGUUAGAACCCAAAACUAAGAUUUUAUCAAAGAUGUAUAACUUGCUGUUGAAAUGGAAUACUCAGGAUGAAACGGUGAAAUCUGCUAUGAUUAAAUGGGCACAAGACGUUGGACAUAACAUAAUGAUGGCUGACUGGGAACAGUUGUGGACCACAGGUAUGAAGUUUACGGCAUGUAAUGCCUUAAGAGAGAAUAUUAUGAAAAUGAUAUACAGGUGGUACAUAACCCCAGUCAAGCUUGCAAAAAUCUACCAUUUGCCCGAUAAUAAAUGUUGGAAAUGUAAAGAAACUGAAGGUACAUUCUUUCACCUUUGGUGGACGUGCCCAAGGAUUAAGGUUUUCUGGGAGAUGAUUUAUAAUGAAUUAAAAAGGUAUUUAAAUAUACCUUCUUGAAGAAACCAGAGGCCUUUCUCCUGGGCAUAGUCGGCCAAUCGGUGUUAAAGAAGGACAGAACUUUCUUUAUGUAUGCUACAACAGCAGCAAGAAUACUUAUUGCAAAGCAUUGGAAGACACAAGACUUACCCACACUGGAGGAAUGGCAGAUGAAAUUGAUGGACUACAUGGAAUUGGCGGAAAUGACUGGCAGAAUCCGAGACCAGGGAGAAGAGUCGGUGGAAGAAGAUUGGAAGAAAUUUAAAGACUAUUUACAGAAAUAUUGCAAAAUUAAUGAAUGUUAGAAUGAUGUUGGAUUGAAGUUAAGUGGUUUCUAGCUGUAAUGGUAUAAAAGAAUAUGGAAAAAUUGGAUUUUAAAUACGUAAAAACCUAAUGCUAUAAUAUAUUAAGAUUAAAGAUCAGGAUUAAAAAGGAGGGAAAGCAAUUGCUGAACUAAUAAAUUGAACUGGAAUACAAAAAAGGGAGGUAUGAGGAGGUCCGGGAAACAAGUAAAUGAAAGAGAAGUGAUGAAAAGAUGGAAUUGUUUUUAAUUGUUCUUUUUUGUAUUUUGUAUUUUUCUUUUUUCUAUUUUUCUUUUUCUUAAACUUUAAUAAAUAUCAUUUUAAAAAAUAAAAUAAAAUUUUUGUUGGGGGUACCCAUGCUUCGAGUUCAGAAAGGGAUCCAAACAUCUCUCUUGCUGCUGCUUUAAUAUUCACAGUUCUGUCCAAAUAAUAUUCACAGUUCUAUUCAAUCUUAACCUGAAGCACUAUUUCUGGGUUAGCGGAAUCUGUAACCUGAAGCAUAUGUAACCUGAAGUGUAUGUAACCCAAGGUACCACUGUAUUCUCUGGGAGAAAAGCGAUGCGAAGUGGGUUUUUUAAAGUCACACAAAGAACUCCUUAUUUGCACAGUCUUUUUAAAUUUUAGAUGAUGUGUGUGUGCAUGAAAUUUUGUCCAGUUGGCUUUUUAAUGGUUUGUAGUAUUAGUACAGUAAUAAUAAUAAUAAUAAUAAUAAUAAUAAUAAUAAUAAUAGAUUUAUUAUUUCUACCCCGCCCAUCUGGCUGGGUUUCCCCAGCCACUCCGUUUGGCUUUCAUAAUUGCCUCUCUUCUUAUUGUGCUGACAGUGUAUGCUGAGAGCCACCAUUACUGACUUUUAUUGGAAAAGGGACAAUGGCUUUUGACCAUCAGUGUAGGGCAGAUUUAGUGAAAAAAGACUGUAGGGGCUGGGGAUUUAAACAAUAUUUCAUAGUAAGUUUUUUUCUUUCCUCCCUUCGUUAGUGAUGAACCAUCCUUCAGAGUAAUGAAGAGGCAUCGGGUGUCAACUCCUGCCAGUAAGUAACUGUGUGUGAGUCGCCUGAAGGGGGGAAAGAAUUGCUGUGUGUGGUAGAUAGAAUCUAGUAAGUAAAUGGCAUUUUUGGAGGAUGGGUUUGAUUUAGAAGUGAAGUAUCUUCCAUUUCACACUGUCAGUGCAAAGUAUAUUGCUCCCUGUGUGUUUGAAUGUUACAUUUGUUCACAGCAUUGAAUUUUUAUGAAAGGGAACAUAAGCACAUUUUAACUUGAGCCAGCCAUUCAGUCCAGAUGUUUCAACCUCCUCACACUUAUUAAUAUGGGAUGCACAUCACUACAGUACUGAAGGGUUUAAUUUGCUUUCCCCAGCAAGCAUGAUGUUUAAGUUCAAAGGCUCAAAGAGUAAAAAUUGCAUGUAAGAGAACUUAAAGAUGAACUAGAAAGGUUUUCAAAGUUCUAGUCUAAAAUGAACUUAAUUCACAUUCAAUUUACCUGGCUAUUAUGGGGAACUACUUUCAGGUGAGGAGGGACGCAGGUGGCGCUGUGGUCUAAACCACUGAGCCUCUUGGGCUUGCCGAUCAGAAGGUCGGUGGUUCGAAUCCCCACGAUGGGGUGAGCUCCUGUUGCUCAGUCCCAGUUCCUGCCAACCUAGCAGUUCGAGAGCACAUAAAAGUGCAAGUAGAUAAAUAGGAACCGCUCUGGGGGGAAGGUAAACGGCCUUUCUGUGCACUGCUCUGGUUUCAGUGCUCUGUUGCACCAGAAGCGGCUUAGUUAUGCUGGCCACAUGACCUAGAAAAACUGUCUGUGGACAAACGCCGGCUCCCUCGGCCUGUAAAGCGAGAUGAGCGCCGCAACCCCAGAGUCAUCUGCCACUGGACUUAACUGUCAGGGGUCCUUUACCUUUACUUUCAGGUGAGGUUCAGAGACUUUUGAACUAAUUCAGUGAAUUUCAUUAAGCCAGACUAGUUCAUUCCAAGCAGUGGGCCGAGCUAGCUUAAUGUUUUGAAAACUCACACUGAAUAUCUUUCAUCUGCAGGCACCUUAGCAGUUGGAUGGACCCGGAUACAUAAACAAGUAAGUUUUUACUGAAGAUUAAAGGUAAAGGUAAAGGGACCCCUGACCAUUAGGUCCAGUCGUGUCCGACUCUGGGGUUGCAGCGCUCAUCUCACUUUACAGGCCGAGGGAGCCGGCGUUUGUCCACAGACAGCUUUCCGGGUCAUGUGGUCAGCAUGACUAAGCCGCUUCUGGCAAACCAGAGCAGUGCACGGAAACACCGUUUACCUUCCCGCUGGAGCAGUACCUAUUUAUCUACUUGCACCUUGAUGUGCUUUUGAACUGCUAGGUUGGCAGAAGCAGGGACCGAACAACGGGAGCUCACCCCGUUGCGGGGAUUCGAACCGCCGACCUUCUGAUCGGCAAGUCCUAGGCUCUGUAAUGCAUAUGCUAUCAAACUAGAGUUGCCAAUGAAUUUCAAGCAGGAGCUGAACAUGUGAACUUCUCAGCUCAAAAAGGAGCCACACUUGAAUUGGGCCUAGACUCAGACCCAGUUGAAUCUGGACACACAGCUAAAAAUGGAAAUUGCUCACUAGCAGCACAAUCUGUUGCUAACCCUCCCUGCCCGCCCUUCACAUGUAAGAAACACAACCCUUCGAAUGUGGAGGCAGAAUAAAUAAACAAUAACAAGCAGGGCUCAGCAUGGCUGCCCAAGUCCUGAACUUGACAUAAUGUGUCAUUUCCUACUGGAAUCAUGGGAGUUGUAGUGUUCUGUACUCAGAGAAACUACAAAGUACAAAUCUCACAAUAAUCUCAGGAAAUGAUGCUCCCAAAUUAAUCAAACCCCAAAGGAACGAGGAAUCGGCCUUCUCCGUUGGUAACACUUAGGCUCUGGAAUUGCGUCCUAGAAAAACACACCACACCCAUUUACUGCUGGCUUUCCAGAGGACAACAGAUACUAUUUUAUCUCAGAGAGCUUGCGGGGGCGGAGAGGGAGGGGGCUAUCUGAGCCAUUGUAUCGAGAAUUCGUCACUCCUCACCGUUGGUUUUAUUGUGGUUUAAGUUUUUUAGAAUUGUGUAUGUUUCUGGUUGGUAUGUUAUAAGACACAUUGCAGGAGUUAGGUAUGGUGCGAAACAAAUUCUGUUAUAAAGAUGGGAUAUAAGUGUUUUAUAAAUAUGAAGUAGACUUAAAUAAUUGCAGUUAUAAAUAAAUAAAUAAAUAAAUAAAUAAAUAAAUAAAUGUAUGUGUGAGUGUGUGCAUGUGUGUAUAAGUAAGUUAUUAAGGCAGGGAUAUUCCAAAAAAAAAAUGGACACAUUUGAGACGGCUUGGCUCGCACAUAAAUCGGCUUCCGAACAGCGCAAACCUGGAAGUGUUCUGGUUUGUGAGCGUUUUUUGGAAGCCAAACAUCCAACACGGCUUCCGAUGCUUCCGAAUGAGUUCAGGAAGCUCCUGCAUCCAAUCGGAAGACACGCCUUGGUUUUUGAACCAUUUCGGGAGUUGAACGGACUCCAGAACGGAUUAAGUUUGAGAACCAAGGUGUCACCGUACUACUCUGCCAUCGUGAUGAAUGCUUUUCAUUUCCCUACAGCUUCCAAAGCACGAUGCCCCAACUGAGACUGAAGACAUCAUCUAUGCUGAUCUGAAGAGGGAAGCCCCACAUACUCAAGAGGAAGCCAGAUCUUAUGAUGGCUCUGAGGACUUAGUCUAUGCUGCAGUUUUCCAGCACAACUCAAAGGGAGUCCAGGCUCAGAUGGAAGAUAAAUAA